AGCCCUGGCAUGGCCCUCUGGCUCCUCACCCUGUGUCAGCUCUAUGGCCAGUCCUGUGGAGGCAUCUCCAGGCCGUGCCAGCGGGUUGGGUCCCCAUCGGAGGAAGAGGACCACUUUCAGUGUUGGGCAGUUGCUGGAGCUGGAACGGGUAUUUGCAGCUAGACCCUAUCCUGACAUCAGUACCCGUGAGCACCUGGCUCAGGUAACUCACCUGCCUGAAGCCAAGAUUCAGGUGUGGUUCCAGAACCGAAGAGCCAAGAGAAUCAAGGACAGAAAGCCAGGGGCCCUAAAUGCCAGGCUGGAGCUUCCCCCAAACCCCUGUUCUCUUCCAGACACUCCCCAGCUACCUUGGGACCCUGGAACACCACGCCAUCCUCUACACCCCACCAGUUCAGCUCAGCAUACUUCAGCAUGCCCACCACAGACCUCCUGCCUAGCCCCUAUUUUGGGUCUAGGGCAGAGCUGGUCAGGGGCUAAAGCUGCUGCCCCAUGGGGGACAAGUGGGGCUUCAGGGGCUCACUCUUCUUUAGAGCAGAUUGUUCCCCAGACUUCACUGGGCAACCUGUCUGACCUUAUCUAUACCUCAGCCAUCGUCACCAAUGUAGACCACUCCUAAUUUAGGUGUAGAGUUUGUAAGACUUGGCUCUGGCCUUGUAGCCCACUGUUUCUCCUAGGGCGGAGCACAUAAGAGACCCCUGCCUCUUUUUGCACAGGGAGUGUUCGUGAACAGUUUAGCUCAGGGUUGUGCCCAACCACAACCUCCACCAGCCUAGCUGACAUCCUGUUACUGGAGCCUGGCUCUUAUAACUUGGCAUCCUAGUCCUUUUGGGGGCUAACACCAUUGUCAGGAGGUAGUCAAGGUAGGGGACCAUAUUUUUCACCUUUACUGACAGGUUUGGGUACCCAACUCCUAUUAUCUUAGCAAAAUGAUCUCUUUCCUCUAAAAGGGCAGCCACCAGUCUAAGAGAGCCCUUCAGGACCUCACAUAUAUGCCAGUGGGAAAGGUACUGGACUGCUGGUACCCACACUUUCAUGGUUCAGGGCCCUAUUGCCUGACUUCCUGCCACCUGGACAAAUUAAUCAGAACUGUGGAUUUGAAGAGAGAGUGAUAUUAAAGUUACAGAAAUAGAAGCCUGGGUCUUAGGUUGAUUGAAUUUCCCCAAAGAUCAGAUUGGCUGCCCUCUGAUGUGGGCUGUGGGGACAGCCGGAAAGAACUGGGAAGGGGGGCUUGUAUCAUUGUCAUCUGUAAUAUCAACUAACCUCCAAAUAAAACAAACCUCUUUGCUUUAA